CGAGUCUUUCUUCUCCAAUUCAAAUUUCCUUUCAGCAAUCUUUUUGAAAUUUUCAAAACCCUAAGGAUUAGCCAUGGGCGAAAAGAGUACAGCAGCGAAGUCCAUCGCCGGCCGCGGCAAGCCUAAAUCGAAAGCGGUCUCGAGGUCAUCUAAAGCCGGACUUCAAUUCCCGGUAGGUCGCAUCGCUCGAUUUCUCAAGAAGGGUAGGUAUGCGGAGCGUGUUGGAUCUGGCUCGCCUGUUUACCUCUCCGCCGUUCUCGAGUAUUUAGCUGCUGAGUUGCUGGAGCUUGCUGGAAACGCUGCCAGGGACAAUAAGAAGAAUCGGAUUGUUCCGAGGCACAUACAAUUAGCUGUGAGAAAUGAUGAGGAGUUGAGCAAGCUUUUGGGAUCUGUGACCAUUGCAAAUGGCGGUGUUCUUCCGUCUAUUCAUCAGGUUCUGUUGCCGAAGAAGGCAGGCGCAGGGAAAGAAAAGGGGGAAAUCGGAUCAGUUUCCCAAGAUUUUUAGGGCUUCUGGUGGAUUGAUUAGCUGUUUGGGCUUAGGCUUGUGAAUUCAAUGUUUUGCUGAUUGUGGUGUAAAUCUCUCUGCUUUGAAUGAAAAGUGAAGUUUUGUUAUUUUUUUGCUUUUUAAGAUUUUAAUCAUGUGUUCUUGAACCACAUAAUUGAGUUCUCGUUGCUUUAGCAUCAUGAUUUAUUGUAAAAUUGAGAAAGGAUAUGUUAACUGGU